AUGUUUUUGAAAAAGUUGGAAGCCAAAACAAGAGAUUCUCUAUCUCCCGAAGUAGUAUCUGAAAGUGUGGAGAGAUUCAGAGAGGCAAGCAAACAUGGGGACAGAAAGGAAGUGUCUAUGCUUCUUAGGGAAGAAAAUGUAGGAGCCUCGAUUCUUCUGAGCUGCCCCGAAUUGCUAGGGGAAGAUGACCUGAUAGACCUACUUUUUUGUCCAGAUAUCUAUUCGAGAUACAUAAGCGCAGAGAUACUGACAAGAAUCUAUGGGGACAAGAACCACAGAAAGGAGUACAUUUCUUUCUUCAAACAGAUGUUAAAGGAAAACACAUCUUAUGAAGAGAGCAACUAUCUACUAUCUUUGCUAGUAGACCUUCUAUCCUGCAAAUCCAACUCGGAAUUCGACGUUGAGAAGAGGAAAAUGGAGCUCGCAUCCAACAAAAUGUUUAUUGAAAUACUCCACACAUCUGUGUUUGUUAAGGAGAUCCAAUACAAUACGCUAAUGAUCAUUCUUAUAUUCUCCUAUAGCAAAGAGUGUAUUGACAAAAUGAACACUUUGAUCGACGAUGUUGUUAUUAUAGUGAAGGAAAGAGCACGAGAGAAGAUCUUGAGGGUAUGUUAUGGAAUAAUUACCAACAUCCUUGAUAGUGGGUAUAUAUUUUCACCAGGGAAGCUCAACGACAUCUCAAAAUGCACUGAGAUUCUUUUGGAAGGAGGAUAUAGUGAUGAGGAGCUAAUGGCAGAUCUGGAAAAGGUUAGAGCCAAGAUAAUGCAGAGUACAAAGCAGUUUUGCAUACGGAACUACCUCAAUGAGUUGUUUUCUGGAAGGUUUGAAGACUCUGAGUAUCAUCACAAGGAGGAUUUCUGGAGCACCAAUCUUGACAUGCUGAUGAAAAACAAGGUUGAAAUAGUUAAGGUUCUUAAGAAGUAUCUGAAGUCCAAUAAUCCCUCUUGGGUGUGUCUUGCAUGCAGUGACAUCUUCCAGCUAGUGAAGGUAUCCCCAGAAAUCAACACGGUCUUGAACAAGUAUCAAGUAAAAGAAAUACUUUUCAACCUAAUCAACAGUGAAAACGAUGACAUAAGAUUCCAUGCAAUACAGGCAUUAUAUACAUGCAUAUCCUCGGAGUGGAGCUGA